CGCCCUCUCCUUCUCCCCGCUCGGCUGGAGCGCGACCGUUCGCGCGCCUGGCGCGGCCGCCGGCGCGGCCGCCCGCUUCGAGCGUCCGCUCGUCAUGAACGAGGCGGCCGCCAAGGCAGCCUGGCUCGCCUCGCUCGACCAGCCUUCCUGGGGACCAAAGGCUGCCGCCGUUUCCGCCACCGCGGCCCCUGAUGCAACCACGCCGUUUUCCGCCCAGUCCGAGGCGGCCGCCAAGGCUGCCUGGCUCGCAUCGCUCGACAACGAGCCGUCGUGGCUGGGAGCGGCGACUCCAACGGCGGUGGCCAGCGGCGCGCCCCCGGCAUCGCUGUCCGAGGCAGAGGCCAAGGCCAAGUGGCUCGCCUCUCUCGACUCUGAGCCAUCGUGGCUGGGCGGCGUGGGUUCUGGCACGCCCUUGUCCGAAGCGGCAGCGAAGGCCAAGUGGUUGGCGAGCCUCGAGACGCAGCCUUCGUGGCUGAGCAAGGGGCCUGCGGCGGCGCCGGCGCCGGCCUUUGACGCUGCCCCGCCCCUCGCGGCGAUGAGCGAGGACGCCGCAAAGGCUGCCUGGCUCGCAUCGCUCGAUUCGACCCCCUCCUGGCUAGGGAAGGGAAGUGCGGCGCCCGCGGCGGCCUCGGCGCCGGACAUGAGCGGCAGCGUGGUGCCGACCAGCGUGGGCCUCUCGGAGGCGGACGCAAAGGCCAAGUGGCUCGCUAGCCUGGAGUCGCAGCCGUCGUGGGUUCGCAACUAGCCUUGCAGCGGGCGUGGGCCGAUUGGCCUCCCUUGGCCGAAGCCGGUUUGGGCAAGAUUCGGGAUUCCUCCCUAUCUGUUUGAGAUGAUCGCAAUUGCAUGAAGCGCCGAGCUGUGUCUGCUCCUCGCAUGGCAUUUCCGUGGAUGGCCGGACCUUGCCGGACUCGGGGAGUGGGGCUGGCCCCCGCUGUCUGUCACUGUUUCCGACAUUGCUGUGAGAUAUGUGUGUUGCUGUUCGGUGUUGGUCUUGGCAACACCAACAGGUC